GUCCAACAGAACUUGAAAAUAGUUCAUUUUUUGAUUUAUUCUCUCAAAUGAAUAAAUAUAUUCAACAAUUAAUUUCUCGAGUAACAAUACAAAAUGUUGAAUUAAUUGAACUUGCAUAUAAAUCAAUUUCAUUUGAUGAUCUUCAAAAAUUUUUUGGUCUUAAUGCAAAUAUGAUUAAACAGAUUUGUAAUGAUCGUGCUUGGCAAAUUGAUUCAGGAGGAAUUUAUGUUCUUCCUAAACGCAAUGAUAAUAUAUCUGCACCAUCAAAUACAAAUUUGACUAAAUUGGUUGAACUUGUUUGUUUCUUAGAAAGAUAA